AUGGAACACUCAUCGUCAGUACCUUUUCCGCCAGACCGCUGGACCGACAGUCGUACUGUGCCAGUCGACGACUGGGAACGAGGCAAAUACGAAGCUCUGGAAGAAUCAAUUUUCUCCCAAAAGACAUGCCCCGAGCCCGAAAAGAUCUUUCGCUCCCUGGGUGUCAUCGAGAACAGGAUCCAGCAAGAAGACAAGGAUCGGAUCUAUCCUGAAGUGCUCGAGCUGAGCUAUAAAGAACUCACCGCCGAACACCGUCUCUGGUAUGACCCCGCCUCAGCCCAAGCUUUCGGCGACUCAGUAGGCUCAUGGCCCCCUUUCCCCGACUCUGCCAAAGCCCUCAAACGACUCAAAGAAAUGGGUCUGAAGCUGUUUGUGUUGAGUAAUGUCGAUAACGAGAGUUUUGCGGUGACGAGGAAGAAGUUGGAAGUGGGUGGCUUUGAGUUUGAUGGGGUUUGGACGGCGGAGGAUAUUGGGAGCUACAAGCCGGAUUUGCGCAAUUUCCGGUAUGCACUCGGAAAGCUGGAAGAAGAGUUUGAUAUCGGGCCGCAUGAGGUGCUCGCUGUUGCAAACUCCAAGUCGGGCGAUAUACGCCCCGCCCACAAAAUGAACCUCAAAGCCGUCUGGAUCAAUCGCCCCCACGCCAUCAUAGGUGUCCAAGGGCUGGAAGACGUCAAGCCUGAGUGGGAGUUUGAGAGUAUGGAGGCGUUUGCGGAUGGGGUGAAGGAGGCUAUGGAGGAAGAGGGGUAUUAG